GGUGAGGUGGGAGUGACAGUCCCAGAUAUCAAGGCUGCAUUCAACCCAGUGUAGUAUCAAGGACGCCUAGCAAAACUGGAGUCAAUGGAUGUCUGGAACCAAACUCUCCAAUGUUUGGUCUAAAACUUGGCACGUCAGAAAAUGGUUAUGGUUAUUGGAGCAGCCAUGCCACUUCCUGAUGUUAUGUUCUGCGCUCAGCAGAUUGAAAUCCCACCUGAGUUCCCGGACAUUUUAAAGCAGUUUACAAAAGCUGCCAUCCGGACCCAGCCACGUGACGUUCUCCAGUGGUCUGCUGCGUACUUUUCAGCAUUGUCUAAAGGUGAAACCCUUCCAGUGAAGGAACGGUAUGAAAUGCCAGUGGCAACUCAGAAAAAUAACACUGGUCUUACACCAGGACUUCUAAAAAUUCUGCACAACCAGCUCUCUCAAAAGCAUGUUGUUGACGAGGCUGAGUUAGUGGAAAAAUGGAAAGACCUAGGAUUGCCGUACCAACAACUACAAAAGAUUCUGCACCUGGGCAAGUUAGAGAGUGAGAUUGAAUGGAUGAAAUUCUUGGCACUUGCUUGCAGUGAUUUGGGUGGGUCUCUAUUCAGUGCCCUGAAAUAUGCCUGUGAAAUCCUCACAACUGACCCAACAGGAGGUGCAGCGCACAUCUCUUUUGAAACCUUCAAGUAUCUGUAUACCUACUUAGCAAAGAUGGAUGCGGAAAUUACGGAGUUUGAAAUUGAAGCAACUCUUCAGGCUUUACAGGAAGAUGUGAAAAAGCAAGGUGGAUUGAUACAACCUAGAAACUUCAAAAACCUUAAUAAAAAACAACGUGGAGCAAGUGAAGUCCAGCGUAACCAAACAUAAUCUUUCUGUUCCUGCAAGAAUUUACCUUUCUAAAAAAAUCUUCAUCUUCCACACUGAUCAUUUUAGUGGUUAAUAAAGUUGUGUUGUUCCAAAGGUGUGUAGUUUGGUUUUGCUUUCUGUACAUUUUGCUGCUUUUUCUGUGGUGACUGUAAAAAUCAAUCCAUUUGUUUUAAAGAAAUUGAGGACAUCCUGAGGAGCCAUUAUGUGCAAAUGAACGCAAAUAUGACAUUAGAAAUAGAGGAGCUCUUUUACCACCUGGACAAUAACUAUGAAUCAUCAAAAUAAAGUAAUUACUGAUAAGUGCAAUGAAGAAUUUAGAAGAAACUCUAUUGCAUUCACAAAAUGCCUGGAAUAUGAAAGUUGCUGUCUUAUGAAAAGACACUAAUAGUUGAAAUGAAUAUCAUAAAUGGGUUUAAGAAAAAAGCUGUAUGUAAAUGAAGAAAGAGGGGAACAGAAAGAGAAGGUGUAGAGCGUAAAUACCAAUUUUGUCCAGUUAAGCCCAAUGCCCUGUUUGUCUGCUGCAAAUUCAAUGUUAUUAUUUUCUCAGAUUAUGUGACACUGACUGGUAAUUUGUUUUCAACCUCACAAACUGCUUCUUAAAUGUAAUGAUGUAAAGUGCAA